AUGCAAUUUACAAAGCUUGAAAUUCCUGAUGUGGUUCUGAUUGAACCACGGCGUUUGGAGGAUUUCCGCGGUUAUUUUAUGGAAGUUUUUCAUGAAAAAGUUUUCCGAACACAUGUGGCUGAUGUCCAUUUUGUACAAGAUAAUGAAGCAAUGUCUACAGCGAUAGGAACAGUUCGAGGAUUGCAUUUUCAAAAACCGCCUGCAGCACAUGGCAAACUAGUUCGUGUUUUGAAUGGCGCAGUUUAUGAUGUUGCUGUCGAUAUUCGAGAUGGAUCACCCUUCUUCGGCAAGCAUGUUGGACUCAUGCUCGACGCCUCCUCUGCGAAAAUGCUUUGGAUACCACCUGGAUUCGCACAUGGAUAUUGUACAUUGAAAAGCGAUAGCAUCGUUGCCUAUAAGAUAACGGAUUUUUACAGUGCUGAACAUGAUGCUGGUAUUGUCUGGAAUGAUCCUGAUCUUGGAAUCAACUGGCCGGUGACCUCUAAUGAUGCUAUUUUAUCAGACAAAGAUCGUUUGCUGCCAACAUUUACGAAUAUACCAUCGCUAUUCACCUUUCAAGAAAAUCUCAUAGAAAAAACAGAAGAUCCAUAUAAAAUACAAGUAAAUAGCUGA